AUGUCAGACUCCACCAACUGUGAGAGGAAUUUCUUUGAGGAAGAAUCAGAUGAGGAGACUGUGAUUCUUACAUUGGUUCCUGUUAAAGAGGAACAUGUAAGAGGACAACAGAUGGAGCCAAAUGUUUCCUCAACUUCCGACGUUAAACCGAAGAAGCCUAGGGGAAACAAAGUUCAUCUUCCUCAAACAGAUGAACAGCUCAAAGCUUGCCCAAAACCUAGACAUAAAAUACCAGUGCUUCCCCUGCCAACUGUUUUGCCUUCAAUUAAUGAUGUGCAUCGAGAUACUUUGAGGAACUGGUGCCAACAAUGUAAUUUGAGUACGGAUGGCCAGAAAAUAGACGUUUAUUCGAGGAUCCAGAAGCAUAUUUACCCAGAGCAAAAGCAUCAUAUUCCCGGAACACCACAGGAGGCCAGAUUGCGUUCGAGGAGAUGCAAGGCAAAGAAAGAGAUGCUUGAGAAAAGUUACAAGAUGAGUGAGGAAGAGACGAAUGUCGUGGAAGUGAUAUCUUCAGCUCAGGAAACCAUGAUGGCAUCAUGGGCAAGAAUUGCAGCAAGGGCAGUUCGGCCGAAGGCUGCAAAUUCAUGUCCUAUUCCUCCUUUGGUUGUGGCCUUUUUGCCACAGGUUUCUGGUGUCAGGUGGUGUGUGGUCCAUGGCAGACCUCUCCCCGCGGACACAAAAGGCUGGGUUCGCCUGCAGUUCCGUGCAGGUCAGGCCUGGGUGCCAAACACUCCCAGGAGGAUGAUUUCUCUCUUCCUGUUACCAGCCUGCACUUUCCCGUCCCCAGAACUGGAAGAUAAUAUGUUAUGCCCUGAAUGUGCUGAGAGGAAUAAGAAGAUAAUGAAAAGAUUAAUCACAAUGAAGAAGACGAAGCAAUGUGCUUCAAACAGUGUAGGAGACCACAAUGUGUCACCCCAAAAUAUGCCAGUCUAAGUAUUUUAAGCUGAAGGCAAUUGAGAAGAAGCAGAUUCAAGAAAUACUUUCUGCCAUACCACUAUGUGCCCAAAACAGGACAUAAAUUUAUAAAAGUACUUCUACCAGGAAGGACAAAUGAUGGGGAGUCCAUAGUUACAUGAUCAUGCAUCCCAAUAAUUGCUGUGUUGCGUCCUAACCAUCCUUAGUGACUCCUGAUGCUUGAGUGCAUACUUGUAUUUUGUUACAUAGAAUAGAAUUUGUUUAGUUUCAAUUAAUACACUUUUUUUUUUUUUUUAGACUUUUUGC